CGGUUGAUUCUUGCUCGUGCAAAUCUGAUAACCGGAUACUUCGCAUAAUGAGGUUAUCAAGAUUUUAGUGGAACCUGCACUGCGUAGCUCGAUCUGAUACGGUGAACAUUCAAUGCAAUAGUUCAUGAUGCUGUGAAUACCGAGUUACUCUUCCAGAACUAUUAUUAUUAUUAUUACAUACGGUGUAUUGUGCUCCCCGCACCGUUCUCGGUGUCAACAGCGGAAUCAGUCUGAAUGGUAUUUCAAGUUCAUUGUGCUACAAAGAAUAGAUAGAUAUGAGCAUGCUAUACGAGCUUCAUCACUGACGAAGAAAGAAAACGACAAUUCUGUCAAAAGGAACUAAAACUGAAGUGGCGAAAGAUGGUCCUUCUAAGCGCCGAGCCCGUUAUAUUUUUAUACGUCUGCUGCUACAGUACUAUGAUGCUUCUCGGACAGAAAUUCAUUCUAGACCGCCUCUGUUUACAAAAGACAGGAGUCAUCGACUGUUCUGGUACCCCAGCACCGUCAUCACUCAAUUCUAGUCUUUCAUCCAGUACCAGCGGCUUUUCUCCUGUGAACAUAAAUGCUUACGGGUACACAAGUGUUAUUGGAAGUGAUGAGAUAAGGUGGAAAGUAGCAGGAUACUACAGUGAUAAAGGAACACUCACUGAUGCAGUUCCACAAGAUGACAUAAGGUCAGAAGCGGUUCAGUUAUACAUGGUAGCAACAGCAAUUAACGCCUUAUCGUCAGUUAUUUCUUCUCAGUUUUUGGGCUACUGGAUGGACAGGAUGUCAAGAAAGGUUUUGAUGACAGCUCCUGCUGGCGGGGGUGUGGCGUGGGCAAUGACGUGUGUCCUGGUGGCCUAUUUUGAGACAUGCCCAAUUCAGCUGGUAUUUAUCGGUGUCUGUUUGGGAGGCAUCACGGGUGGUUAUGUCACACUCAAGUCGGCAGUAACGAGCUACAUCGUGCAGGAGACUCCCCUGGAGAAGAGGACCAUCCGGCUGAGUGUGCUGGAGGCGGCCAUUUUUCUCGGAGCUGCGGGUGGACUCUUGCUCAUGAAUUUAGUCACGACUUACAUCACCACCAACUACGUCUACCUUUUCUUAGGUCUGCAGUCUGGGUUCAUCCUUACCCUGCUUUACAUCUUGUGCGUCUUGCGUAACGACGUGCAACUAGACUGUCCUCAUUUACGGUACAGCUACGAUGACCUGGAUGGUCCUCCUGUUCUGUCGUCCCAGCCCCACCACAGAUAUUAUGGAUCUCUGGACUCAACGUUGUCACACCACCGCCACAGAUCAUUUGCAUCCUGUGUUAUUUUCUCAGUGGCUGAAAGAGAUGGUGAAAUAGGCAGUCUUGAUGGAAAUGCAUCCCGAAAGCUUCCUGAAAUAAAGGCAGAAGAAUAUAGCCCCGCCGGGAGUACUGCCUCUACGAAAGCGAGCGUAUCCAAGAGCGUGGGACAUCUUGGAAACUUGGGAGAAAGGGCUUUACCCGAUAGCAAAGGAGAGUUUUCGUCGUCCUUUGACAUCCCGACUCCCCUUCUCAUCCCUGCCCUUGCAGUGCCUCUCGAGGCAGCGAAGACCAUAAGCAUGAGUAGCAUAUAUGGAACGCCACCAGAUAUAACGGUGACAGAAGACACUUCUCCAGAUGAAGAAAUCUCUGUUCAUGCCCCAUCUGCAGGUUCGAUGAAGACUAUCAGUCUCUAUGGGACGCCUCCACAAGGAACGGCCACCAUUGAUGCUCCUCAUGACAGCGAACGUAGCCAUGAUGCUGAUACCGGAGUGUCUCAAGGAGAUGCAGUUAAGAAUGAAACCAUUUCAGGUUCUUCUCUGGAACGUCUUUCGAGAAAAGAUGAAGAAAUUGUACAGGAUAUAACCAGCAUGAAUAUGAGUCAAACUCGUAUUGAGCGGCAGGCCUCUUUGAAUGAAAAUGGUGGAGUAACUCAUUUUGCAGGAUCAUAUAGAGUGACACCUAGUCUCAUAGCCUCUAAGGUCAAAAUUGUGACUAAUGUGAGAACGAGGAACAAGGAAAUGUCAACGGCACUUCUCGAAAAAAGAAGAGAGAUUUGUUUGUCUAAAUCCGCCAGCGACAGCGCUCUGGACAAUGCAGACAGCGUAACGUUGCUUGCUUCAUCUAAAGCGAGGAUCGUGGAAGGCCACCCGGAAUGUUCUAGAUCGAGGCUCAUCAGCGUAAGUACUCCCGAAUCACUCAAUUAUUUCACGUUCUCUGAUUAUGGUUAUAGGGAUUCCAGAGAAAGCUUUGAUAUCCGGCAUGACCUGUCCAAGAAGAUUUCUGAAGAUCGACCGGACCACGAUGCGGUCGACGGCUACUCUAGAGACACUUGGUGCAGGGCCAUACUCCGAGGAGUAAGCGAUGCCAUAGCAACCACCUUUAGAAGCCGUGCUGAUGGACUGAGGGCCAUGGUUAUCGCAGACGUCGUCGCCAACUUUUUGGUUUCGUUCGUCAUUGUAGGUGAAACCGAUAACACUUUCUUGUACCUAAACUACAAGUUUGGUUGGGACUUCGCGGAGUACUCUAUCUAUUACGGAAUCAAAUGUGCCGUUGACGGUUGCUCCCUGUUGGUUCUGCUUCCCCUGCUACGUCGAUUUGUGGGUGUGAAGGAUGCCGCUGUGGGCGUCAUGGGAGGACUCAGUCGCUGCGCCUUCUUCCUCAUGCUGGCACUCGUCCAGUACUCCUCGCAGGUUUACGCUGUUCCUUUCAUCGGUAUUUUCGGUCAGUAUUUGUUUGUAGCAGAAAGAUCUAUCAUGUCCACGUUGGUGGAGGAAGAUGAACAAGGCCGAGUCUUUACCGUGCUAUCAUCGGUGGACCAGCUGGCACUACUGCUGGGCGCUUUAACUUUCGACAACGUCUUCUCAGUCUUCAUCAAAAAGUCAAUGCCAGGCGUGACACUUCUCAUCGCAGGCUUCGUCGUGUUAAUACCUACUGUUAUAUUCGGAGCGCUGUACUUCUCCAUAAACGCCCGUCUCAGAAUGACGGAAGAAGAAGGUGAAAACGACUCGAGAGAAAGUGAUUCUUUGGUGGCAGAUAACAGGAGUUAUAUAUAAGUACAAGUUCUUACAGCAAGCACUAUGAUUAAACAUUAGAAAUACAAUGGGUAUGUAGACCGAACACGAGUCAAUUCUUCUUCUUCUUCUCCUUUUAUAAUAAUGUUAGAGAUUGUUGAAGUAGAAUAAACAUUCUUCAUGGAGAGCAUCAACUGGAAACGUAAUCUGAA